UGAUAUGGGUGUACUUUGGGAGAUGUAUCUGACAUUUACCAAUCAUGGCAUAAAAACAAAACGAUCAAAGAAAAAGGUAGAGAGAGAAUUGUAUGGUAUAUCUGAGCAAAGAACACAAAUUUCUACUUCAAUUAAUAAGGUUCUUAGUAUUCUUCGAAUCUGGGAGGAGAAAGUUGAGCAAUUGAACCUACAAAAGUGGUAGAGUUUUUAUCAAUAUAUUCAUCUCAUCAUCAUCAAUGGCUGCCAAGAGACCUCUGCAGUGUAUAUUCAACAGAAUUCACAGGGGAAGCAUUAGGAAUUUUGGUGCUCUAUCUGAAACUAGCAUGCCUUCCUCUUCUCAACACCUCAUCGACUUAGAAUACGAACACAGUGCCCACAAUUACCACCCGAUUCCCAUUGUGUUCUCUCAAGCAAAAGGAUCAUCCAUAUGGGAUCCAGAAGGCAAAAAAUAUAUUGACUUCCUCGCAUCUUACUCUGCAGUUAAUCAGGGACAUUGUCAUCCACAUAUUAUGAAAGCAUUAGUGGAACAGGCAGAAAGGCUUACUCUCAGCUCUAGAGCCUUCUAUAAUGAUAGAUUUCCAAUAUUUGCAGAGCUUCUUACCAGCAUGUUUGGAUAUGAAAUGGUGCUACCAAUGAAUACUGGUGCUGAAGGUGUAGAAACAGCUCUUAAGUUGGCUAGAAAAUGGGGUUAUCAGAAGAAAAAAAUCCCCAAAGAUGAGGCUAUCAUUGUAUCAUGCUGUGGUUGCUUCCAUGGUCGUACCUUGGCUGUCAUUUCUAUGAGCUGUGACAAUGAGGCAACUUGUGGUUUUGGGCCCUUGUUGCCUGGACAUCUUAAAGUUGAUUUCGGUGAUGAAGUUGCUCUUGAGAAGAUAUUUAAAGAAAAUGGAGAUCGUAUAGCUGGAUUUCUAUUUGAACCCAUCCAAGGAGAGGCUGGGGUGAUAAUUCCUCCAGAUGGUUAUCUAAGAGCUGUCAGAGAUCUUUGCUCAAAAUAUAAUAUCUUAAUGAUUGCUGAUGAGAUACAAUCUGGCUUAGCACGGACAGGAAGGAUGCUGGCUGUUGAUUGGGAAGAAGUUCGGCCAGAUGUUGUAAUACUAGGCAAAGCAUUGGGAGGUGGAGUGAUGCCUGUAAGUGCAGUGCUUGCAGACAAGGAUGUUAUGCUUUGCAUACAGCCAGGAGAGCAUGGAAGUACCUUUGGGGGAAAUCCUUUGGCCAGUGCAGUCGCUGUUGCCUCAUUAGAGGUGAUCAGAGAUGAGGGACUUGCUAAGAGAUCUGCUGAAAUGGGACUGGAGCUCAGGCAUCAGCUGAAUAAGGUCCAGCAGCAAUUCCCUAAUUACAUUAAAGAAGUACGAGGAAAAGGUUUGUUCAAUGCCGUGGAGUUUAACAGCCAUACAUUGUCCCCCAUAUCUGCUUAUGAUAUUUGUAUAAAGUUGAAGGAGAGAGGAAUUCUUGCAAAGCCGACUCACGAUACUAUUAUCCGAUUUACUCCUCCACUAUCUAUGAGUCUGAAUGAGAUUCAGGAAGGCUCAAAGGCAUUGCGUGAUGUUUUGGAACUUGAUCUGCCAAAGAUGCACAAGGCAAAGCCAAAGACUGUCUCUCCUACAGCCUCUAAUGUAUGUGACCGUUGUGGGCGCAACUUGUAUGCUUCUUCAUAAGAUAUUUGAAUUGCAGCCAUAUCUCCACCUCUUAUAUGCUUAUAAAAUUAUCCUUUAUGUAUUGUUCUCAAGAACUACAUUUCUCUAGUAUUUAUUUUUAUAUUUAUUUUUAUUUAAAAUAACAAACAUAUGCUAUUUUCCUUAAUUAUUGCUUCUUUGUCAAA